UCGUCAGCUCUCUCUCUCUCUCCGUAGUCUCUCUCUAGUCUCUCUCUCUCCGUAGUCUCCACCAGCAGCCGUCUGGAAAUCAUGGCUGAGUUUUAGUCGUCUUCUCUCACUGCACUGUAAUCGUAUCGAUACUUUGGAUGGCUCUGGCUUUAGUUUUGUGUGUGAGAUCAGAACAAAGGCUCGUCUUUUCUCAGGCUUCUUGGUCGGCUAACGUUAGUAAACGUAUGGUUAGUUAUGCUAACUUCGCUAGCAUGUGCUAACGUAAGCCGAUGAAGUAAAGUAGCGUUAACAGUCUGAUAAACCGAUUUUCCUCACAUGGACUGUUUUUGAUUUAGUAUUUCCCUUAAAGCCAUUGAAGUGCCAUUUGGUUACGCUUAACCCCCGUGCCAAUUGACCUGGUGUGUAAGCUAAACGCUAACGAUAGCAUUAGCCCUCCUGGUUGAGUCUUGGUUGAUUAAUUUCGAGCACCCAGCUUGUGUCACCUGCUGCCAAAAUGAUGGACUUUGAUAAUAUAUUGGACAUCGCCACGCAAAACCGGGCCCCCAGCAAUGUACAGAAGAGAUACAGUUUACAAGCUGCACCCCCCAAAAAGGACCCGAGGUCAAAAGGUGUCAGUGCUUCAGCUGUGCAGGCGCUUCUGAAGAAACAAAACUGUGACAACAAAAAGAAAGAAAUCCAAAUGAAGAAAAAGAAAGAGGAACUACUAGCAAAGAGGGUUGAGUUGAAGUCGGACCGUAAAGCAAGAGCCAUGGCUUCCAGAACGAAAGACAAUUUCCGAGGCUACAACGGCAUCCCAGUGGUCGAGCUUCCCAAGAAGAGAAGGACAAAACACGAGAUGCAGCAAGAUAGGUCGAUGAACGAGGAGGGCUUUAGGAAUAACUCGAUUGACCCAGACGAUGAGGAUAAUUAUGAGUAUGAACAGACAGAUUCAGAAUCGGAGGCGGAGCCAGAGCAGCGGAGACCUGUGAAAACCACAGGUUUUAGUGGAAAUAGUGGUAGCAGCAGCAGCAGCAUCAGCAAGCCCUCCUCUAAAAAAUCCAGCGGGCCACCCAAGCCCGCUCCACCUCCCAUGAACUUUGCAGAGUUACUCAAAUUGGCAGAGAAGAAGCAGUUUGAGCCAGUGGAGGUAAAAACCAAGGCAGUGAAAAAAGAAGAAAGGCUCCGAACGGCUGACGAGAUAAAGGAGCUGGAGCUGGAGCGCAGGGUUAAGAAACCGACCAAAGACUCUAAGCCAGACAGAGAGAGGGAAAGCAAGUCUCAGUCUAGCUCUAGCUCAAUGAGAAAAAACACUUUCGAGAAGGAGCAAAAGAGCUGCAAACCACAAAAGACCUCCUCGGAAAGGCAAAGUCUCCCCAGUGGGUCAGGAAAGAAGUUGCAUCCAACACUGUCGAAUGAUAAAGGCCAGUCUUCUUCUUCUUCUAAGCCCUCUGCCGGUGACAGAGAAAGAGAGAGACCCAAGAUGUCUCACAGCGAUCGAGACAGAUCGAAGACAAACUCGUCAAGUUCAUCUGGUGCCAUAAACGGUAAAGGCACUUCGAAAGCCACAUCUUCUCAGGUUUCAGCCAAACAAGGGGGGCUCAAGCCCUCAUCUAGCCACAAAUCCAGCACCUCAAGUGACCUUAUCCUCAAAAAAGAAAGCUCAUCAAGAGCCUCAGGUAUUCCUGGGACCAGGGCUCCUAGUACAGCUGUGUCAGGCCAAAGAUCUCAACAUGGGAGCUCCCAACAGACCAGGCCCAGUCCGGGUAGCUCAUCGAAGCAGGGGCCUAUAGUUGGAGGCCACAAGUCUGGAAAGGGAGAACCAUUAAGGCCUGGAAUGAACUCUUCUGGGAAAUCAAGCGGUAAUUCUGUGAUGAGACCUUCAUCCGGCGGCCCUCCUAAGGCAGGGAGCCGGCCUCAGUCGAGGCCUGAAGCCACACUCCAGGGAAGAGCUGGUGGUGUCCCACAGGCAAGGCCCGGUGGGAGUGGCCUACAGGGUCACCCUAGAGGCGGUGGGUCCCGACCUCCAGGGAUUGGACCUGGUCGGCCUGGUAGUGGAGGACCGGUACCUGGGCGACCGACUGGCAGCAUUGAAUCAGGACCUGGGAAACCCAAGUGCACCGUGGUGUCUGAGACCAUCUCAUCCAAGAAUUUUGGUGGACCCAGACCAGGAGUCCCUCCUCGGCCAGGCAUGCCACAGAGACCUGGGAUGCCACAGAGACCUGGGAUGCCACAGAGACCUGGGAUGCCACCCAGACCAGGAAUGCCACCCAGACCAGGAAUGCCACAGAGACCUAUGAUGAACAGACCACCAGGUACAAUGUUACCGCCUAUAACCUCUGCAUACAAGAGGAAAUACGAGGAGGAGGAAGAUGACUAUGACUCAGAAAUGGAUGAUUUUAUCGACAAUGGAGGUGAUGGUCAAGACGACAUCUCCAGGCACAUCAAGGAAAUCUUUGGCUAUGAUCGAAACAAGUACAAGGAUGAGAGCGACUAUGCACUUAAAUUCAUGGAGAGCAGCUGGAGAGAUAUGCAGAAAGAGGAGGCCAGGAGCCUGAGAAUGGCUGUGCAGGAAGAUCUGGAGGAGGAGAAAAGAGAUCAAGAGGACCUGAACAUGCAAAAGGGCAAGAGGAAAAAAAAGAACUGAAGAACAUUUUGUCGUUGAGAUGAAUAAACAAACAAUCCUGUGUCUCCUGAAAGGUGGGACAGGUGGUCUGCCAUGACGAUCAGUGACAGUGUCCAGCUCGACCUCUGUUGCUUUCUCUCCGCUUCUCUUAAUAUGAUUGGACAAUAACUGAGUGGCACAUGGAAUUGGCUCCAGAGGGAAAGAAAAAAAUGUUGGUCAAAGACCAAGACCUGAAAAUGUCAAAAACAAAAUAUGUACAAUUCAUUCAGGUCUGUGAUGAAAAAAUCUCACAAAUUUGCCUGUUCUAUUUAUUUCCCCCACUGUGCAGUGAUCUCAAUUUCUUAAAAGGACCUGAGAACUUUAAAUAUUGAAUUGUGAGAAUUUGUUUUGUUUUUUUGGACUAACAAUGACACACUAGGUUUAUGAUGAAAUGCUAUUUUUCAGCAGAAGCUUUUCUAAACAGACUUUGAUUGAUUUAGUCAAUUGAAUAUGCAGAAAACCAAACCAAGUAUUGUGUUGUGCGUUAAAAGGGAGUUGAGAUAAAUGAUUGUUUCAAGUUUUUUUCUUUUCAUUGUUUUGCAUCAAUGUUUUCUCAGAGUAAUAUAUAUAUAUAUGGA